AUGGUUCCUACCAACCCCAAGAUUCGAGCAUGGCAUCAAUCGUAUAACGAGAGGCAAGACCGGCUCGAAGCUUUGAUAGCGGAAGACAAGAAGGGAAUCACGGCAAACAAGAGAGCAAUUACGGUAAACAGGAAGCGAAUCACCGCAAACAAAAAUCAAAUAGCGGCUCACACGGAGCGCAUAGUUAACCUGCAACAAGGGCAGGUGGAGUUGGCUGCCUGCGUGGAGGCCCUCGAACGACGUGGACCUUCUGAAGCGGCGGUCAGCAACCCUGUGCCGACUCGUCCAACCGUAGCCAUGCGGCCUGCGGAACUGGUCAACCACUUCUGCCAUGCGGAAGAUCACUUUCGGAAUGCAAUUCGAGACUACUGGGACAUGAAGAUUCGGAACAACAAGUACAGAAGCUUUACGGGCCGCUUCGAGACCGAUAUCCUACCAAGGUUGGCCUUCCAGCGCCAGAACGACGUAAUGCGCAUCAUCUUGGCGGAGUUUCUCCAUUCUCCCGUUGAGAAUGGAAUCGUACCCCCCGAGAACUAUAACGCAUACUUCAAUUACCUUACCCGCAACCUGAGAGUGAAGAGAGUCGCCUCCCGUAAAGGUUCAGGUCGCAACAGCCACCUCUACUUUUACAGGCCGGUGUUUGAGGAGAUGGAAGAGGGACAAGUUUUCUAG